CACGUACAGUCGCUGAACCUUUCCUUCCCCGUUUCAUUUGAUUUGACUACGGGGGUCUGUGGCGCGCCAGAAUUUUCUCACUUGCUUAACAAAAUGAUCGCGGUGGGUGCUACUACUACUUGCCAGUUCAAAGCUUCAAACCAGCUGGGUGACUAGACCUUCCACGAAGCGAUCCAUCGCGCUAAGCUAGCUUAGCUGCUCUCGCUCUCGCUCUCCCCGCUGCCUUUAUAUAAACGACCCCGUCCAAAGAAAGAAAUCCAGCAAUCAAUCAUCGCAUCCCUCGGCAGAAUUCCCCUCGCCCAUCUCGCGCCCAUUGACCCCCAGCGCGCGCGGCUACGAAAAGGAUGAAGCAGGAUCAGAAGGGAGACGGCGGCGGCGGCGGCGGCGGGGGAGGGGGGAAGAAGCUGGGGCGGUGGCUGGGGGCGCCGGUGCGGGCGCUGUCGCGGGCGUGCGACUCGUACGUGCGGAAGAUGUCGGCGUGCGCGGGCCACAUGCCGGCCCAGUACGCCGGCGCCGUGGGCCGCGGCGGGUUCGGCGGGCCGGGCUCCAUGAACGCGGCAGCCUUCAGCUCCCGCUCCACGCGCCGGGGCGACGACGCGGAGGUGGCCGAGCUCGUCCGCGCCAUGUCCCAGCGGUCUGCGGCGCGCGCGUCCCCGGACACGGCGGCCGCGGCGUUGCCCGUGAGGAGCAGGAGCGUGGCCGUGGGGCGGAUCGACGAGGACGCGCCCGUCGAGUUCGGCGCCGACGCCGGGCGCGUCGGCCUGCCUCCGCCCGCCGUGCGGAGGAGCCGCAGCGUCGCCGUGGGGGGCUUCCCUCCGCGCUCCGGCGGGUUCGGGGCCGCCGCCGCGACCAAGAAAGCUCCAGGCGGAGGAGGAGGAGCCGCCGCGGCCGUCGUCGUGCACGGAGGCUAGCUGUAGCUGAUCGACGGCCGGCGCGUGCAAUGGCGCGCGGCUGGAUGCGUUUUUGCGUGUGCACACGUACGCGGUGCGCUACCUAAGCUCGGUUUGUUGUUGUUUUGUUUAUCUUUUGAUUUGGUAGAGUACUAGAGUUUCCGUGUAGUUCUUUUCUCGGUGUGACGUGUUUACAUGUGUACAUGCUGUCCCUAGUGAUUAGAUUUUGUCUCGGCUUGGAACCAAGCGGCCAUAUAUAUAAUUGAUCAUGUUGCGUCUUACAAGCA